AUGACGGCUGUGGAGAAGUCCACAUACAAAGGAGCGCUGGCUGCAGCAAUGGACUCUGGCGCGUACAUCAAGUUUGUGGAGAUCCACACCGAGAUGAAGUCCGAGAUGGAGGCGCAUAAGCAAUGCAUGUUCAUCUACUGGCAUCGGCUCUUCCUCGUCGUAUUCGAGAACAUGUUGCGUGGUCAAGGCCCCGAGUAUGCGUGCGUGACGAUUCCGUACUUUAAUUGGAUAGAGACCAGUAACAAAGCUCUAUCUGGAGAAUGUAAGACUCUUGGAGACUGCUCUCCUAUCAUGAAAGAGCUGGGCGGAUUGACAGGCAACACGCAGCAGACUGUGGUUAUCAACGGCAAGAAUAUCACUGGAACGUGCGUCUCUAAUGCUCCACUGGAUCAUUUCUGCAGUUGGGGGUCUGCUAAAGUCCCAGCGAGUAUUAGCUAUGCGUCGGUCAUCGGGCAGCUCUUCAAUGGGACGAACAUAGAGAAGGUUUCUCGCACGGUUGAGCGCGGAUGCCACGCCGAUAUCCACGCAGCAUUAGGCAGUACAAUGGCGAAGUUCCAGUGCCCCGCAGAUCCGAUCUUCUGGUCGCAUCACGCCAUGUUGGACGCGCUGCUCACGAUCUUCCACAAGUGUCGCGUUGGUACACGACGCAUGACGUUCGAAGAGAAGGCAGCGGACCCUGUAGCGUGGGCCUCGUGUAAGCGACGAGUCAGAAAGAAUCCUACCGGUCCGCCAUUCAAGCCGACCGAUGCUGUCGCAAUGAGAACCGGUGAGAAUGGCUCGAACCCGAUCGAAGCGAGUGAAGACCCCGUUAUCGGUCGGUACUUAAAGGGUGUGCCUAACCGAUUCGCCGACUUGAUGGACGGUAGCGAUCUAGGCACAAACAGCUACACGGACGAGAUCAACGGUCUACUUGCUGUCAUGUACAACACUUGUGGCGGUACCGAACCACAUAGUGUUCCCGUGGUGAUUGCGUUCAACUUGACCCGGUCGGAGAAGCGUAUGAUGAACUGGUACAAUGAGACGAUGUCAUUAAACGGAGGGCAGUCGAUUGCAGACAUGAAGCGUCAAAUCUGCAUGUUCCACGACCAAUGUCUCGGUGGUAUCGUCGACUAUACAGACGACUUCAAGGCUCUGUGGGGAGUGAAGGAACCUCGCUGCAAGACCAUCGUGAACGCUAUAAGCAAUGGCGAGCAGAAGAUUGUCGAUUCGGCAUGGAAAAGCAAGAUGGAAGCUCAUUUUGGGUGUCCACAUCCAGUCAACAAGACCGUCACCAGGGAGUUCGAGUAA